AUGCUUUCCGAGCUUACCCUUUUCGGGCGUGCCGCCUUCGGGACUACCGGAGGACUUCGGGCGUGCCGCCUUGGGGCUGUCGGGCAUCUUGCCCAUGAUUUCCGCUUUCCAUGGUUACCCAGACUUCCGUCCCUUUCGGGCUUUGCUUCGGGUGACCACGCCCACGUCGCUCACCCGCUCGCCCCCCCUGCGCCUCGCACCUACGCGCGCGCGAGGGCGAUCGUCAAGUCGAGGGCGGCGGAGCUCGAGCUGGGCCACAAGGAGUUCGCAGACGGUUCCAUCAUGGUCUACACGCCGCCGGAUGACUACCUGUUCGGGGCCGUGCCGUUCUCGUGGGAGGAGCUCGGGCUGCAGAGGGACAUCGUCGCGGCGUUGCUGAGCUGGUCGCCCGAGCCCCUGAAGAAUCCCACGCAUCCGCAGAGCUUCGCCAUUCCCAAGCUGUUGUCGGGCAACGACCUCGUGAUCCAAGGAGAGACCGGCUCGGGCAAGACCUUGGCGUACCUGCUGCCCGCGCUGCAGCGGGCUGUCCUCAGGGCCAACAACGUGCCGCCGGAGGCCUCGGAGCUGGGCCUCACCGCCCCGCCGCAGGGCGAGGACCCCGAGGAGGUCGCCAUGGUGUAUCGCGUGGAGCGCUACGCAGGCGUGCAGGGGAUCAGGACGCUGCAGCGCCCAGACGCGUUGUCGCCUUUCAAGGGGAAGAACGCGGUUACCAUCGGCGAGGAGUUUGUUGCUUCGUCCGUGGAGGAGGAGCUCGAUGACGACGGCAAGCCCACGGUCCAGUACAUCGAGAUGGCCGACGGCCGGGGAUGGGUUCCGUGGGACCUCGUAGACGUCAAGCGCAAGAUGGACCUGAGCAGGGCGACGUUUAAGAUGGGCCAGCGCGUAGAUGGAGAGGUGAGUACGGAGCAGCAGCAGCAGCAGAAGCAGCAGAAGCAGCUCCCAAGACUGAAGCUGGCGCUCUUUCUUCUUAUCCGGCGCUGUGCACCUGUUCGUAAGCCAGUGUUGCUGCCCGCCGAUGAGUUUGCCCACCAGAAUCUUAGCACGCAGUCGCUCAUGCUCAGGCAGGAGCUGGCGCCGCUGCUCGAUGAGACGCGGCACCGAGGGCGAAUCCCCGAUGGCCUUGAGCGUCGCUGUGGUCUGCUCAAGGGCCACCUUGUGCUUACAAUCUGGAGUAUCAACCUCCAUGCACUCCAGGCACUGGCCGGGGACACAGGACACCCCUCGCCACCAGGUGGCGGCGGGGGCGAAUUCGCCCGGGAGCAUCCAUCGGCCAAGGCCCUGGACGCCCCGCGGCAGAGCCUGAGGAACCCGCGCCGCGCCGAGCUGGAGGACGACUUUAACAGCAAGACCAACGUGAGGAGCUGGGCCAAGUACGCCCCAGACGUCGUGAUCCUCACGCCGAGCCGCGAGCUGUGCGAGCAGACCGCGGACGUCGCCCGCAUGCUCGGGAGCCUGCUGCCAGAGCGCAUCCAGAAGGAGUGGACCGUGGCCGUCGCGGUGGGGACGCCGCCCGGUGUCACCAGGCGCGGGAGCCGAGGCAGAAUGGAGUGGCCGUUCCCCGCUGGUGACGCGGCGCCGAAGGUCCUAGUCGCGACGCCGGACUUCAUGAGCUACUUCAUCCACAGGAAGCACGUGCCGUUGUGGGCGAACGUCAACUACAUCGUGUACGAUGAGGUGGAUUUUCUGCUGACCGAGCGCAUGAAGCUGAUCGAGCGCAUCAAGGUGAUGUUCAAGCGCGCGUCGCGGCAGUUCCAGCUGCCCCCGGUGCAGAGCGUCGCCGUCGUCUCCACUCUGAACAGCGCGUCAGCGAGGUCUCCGAGAAUGAUGCUGCGCUACUGGAUGACGGGCGCCUUGACAGCCUCUCAGAGGCCAGACAUGAUGCACCGGGCACCCCCGCUGGUCCAACAGAGCUGGAAGUUGGUGCCCGAGGAC